AUGAGCAAACCCCAGAGUGGCGAAGCGGAGCUGCUGAACGGACAACUGACGGGCACACCUCCAAGCUCCAGUUCAACUUCUGUUUCCAGUAAUGCCACAUCUCAGCACGAGGAUUCAACCAGACACUGCAGCAUACCGGUAAAACUUCGGGAAGCCGACCAGGCCGGCCAGUACAUUCUGAAGGCUGAGGAUGCGGAGCUUCUGCAAGAAGUCUUGCGGAAUAACUUACUCCUGGAGAAAUCCGAUGCUCCUAAAAAGCGUCCUUUUCUCUUUCGAGACCUCCAGUUUACCAGUCAACGAAGCGCCUUUGAUCGCCAGAAUCCAUCGUUUUCUUCCUCGCAGUUCUAUGGCUUCUUCACACUCUUCUGGCUCGGUGUGGCUUUGAUGUUGGUCAAGGUUGCUGCCAAUAACUUCAGGGCUUAUGGGGAUCCAUUUGGUACAACUGAAAUUAUCGAGCUCAUGCUCAGCCGCGAUGUGCUGGUGCUAGGGAUCACUGAUUUUAUCUUGUGUUGGUCGACUCUGUUCUGUCUUGGCCUUCAACUGGCGAUUUUCCGAGGAUAUCUGCGUUGGAGCGGCCUUGGAUGGGUAAUCCAAAAUGUUUGGCAAACUGCCUACCUUGCGGGCUUUAUCUGGUGGACCUACCAUCGAGACUGGCCAUGGACCCAUACUGUCUUCAUGGUCUUGCAUUGUUUGACAAUGUUGAUGAAGCAACACAGCUACGCCUUUUACAACGGCUACUUGUCUGAACUGUACAAAAAGCGGGACCUACUCAAGGCCCGAUUGGAUCGGCUAGAGGAGCAUAGCAGCCAGGACUCCGUUUCAAGCAGCUACUCAUCAUCAACGCCGAGUGCUCUGGUUUCGGAAAUCACAAACUUGCGGAAGCAAAACAAGCGGCGCAGCUCGUCUGAGUUUAAGAGUAUCCAUGCCACUCGCGAUACGGAUCAUCUCUUGUCACUGUCUGAGACUUUUGAAAACGGCACAGCCCUGGAACCGGCUCAACUGGUGUCACUCAGAGGUCUGCUAACCAAAGAGAUACACCUCCUAUCUGAAGGGCUACAGGGCCAGCUCUCCACGCACAACCAGUACCCUCGGAACUUGACGGUUGGCAACUUUUGUGAAUUCAUCACUCUACCUACAUUGGUAUAUGAACUCGAAUACCCACGCACCGAGCGGAUUGACUGGGCCUAUGUUGCGGAAAAGGUAGUAGCCACUUUUGCCACCAUCUUCGUCAUGAUCGUAGUCUCCCAGUACUGGAUCUAUCCCGUGGUCAUGAAAACGGUACAGAUGAAGGAGCAGGGCUUGACAGUGCAGCAACGGCUUCAAGAGUUUCCCUGGGUGCUCAGCGACCUUCUUUUCCCGUUUAUGAUGGAGUAUUUGCUGGCAUUCUACGUGAUAUGGGAGUGUGUGCUCAAUGCUCUAGCCGAGAUCACUAGAUUCGCUGAUCGGGGAUUCUAUGCUGACUGGUGGAACUCUGUAUCUUGGGACCAAUUUGCCCGCGAUUGGAAUCGACCGCUUGAUGACCUUUCUAUUGUCGGCUUGUGUGCAUGA